AGCCAAGACUCGACUUUAGUCUCAUCCCCUUGGCUUUGCCAGGCUCUCGCCAAUGUGCCUGCCAUGGAGGCACGCGCCCCCCGAUGUGGCCGAGGCGCCGGAUAGCGGAAAGGGAGACUGGGGAAUGGGGAAGCGGGCGGAAAGAAGGGAAAAAAAGGGAAAAUGACAAAAGAAAAGAGGGGGGAACACUUCGGAGGCGAGGCGUCCAAAAAGAUGGUAUUUCCCCCCGCUGGACGCGAAUACCCUGUCGUCGUUGUGCCCUCCAACUUCCAUUCAUUACUUUUCUUGGUGUUGUUCGCAUUUGCGGGUUGCCGGUCGUCAAUCCCUGGUUUUGUUCAUCUGGCUUUGUUCAUCUGGUCUGGUUCUUCGCCAUUUGGGCCGACGACCUUGCAGGGCGCGAGAGAUAUCGACCAGACCGGACCAUGGCGGACGCCAACAAGACCUCCCCGACGUCCGACCAGCUCUUCCGGCAGUGGCAUGGGCAGCUGGUCCCAUGGUCCUACCAACCCGGCUUCGUUGUUCUCAGCUAUGUGGUCAGCUUUAUCGGCGCCGCGACGACGCUGGAGCUCAUCCAGCGCCGGACCGCGCAGAUGGGGAGGCUCAACAAUGUGCUGCUUGUCGGGGCGGCCAUAUCGAUGGGCGGCGUGGCCAUCUGGUCAAUGCACUACGUUGGAAACCGCGCCAUCGUAAUGGCCGGUGGGGAGCCGCAGCUGCAGAUUGCGUACAGCGGCGGCUUCACAACACUGUCGCUGUUUGUACCCAUCAUCGUUCUGCUCGUGGCCUUUGUGGCCACGGAAACCAAAGACCGAGUCUCGUGGUGGCGUAUCGGUGUCGGCGGCACGCUUGCCGGGCUCGCCAUCUGCGGCAUGCACUACUUGGGCAAUGCGUCGAUAAGCAACUACGUGUGCGAGUAUGAGCAGGCCAACAUCGUUGCCUCUGGCAUUAUCGCCAUCGCGGCUAGCAGCGUCUCCCUCGCCCUCUUCUUCGUCCUCCGCGUAGGCUGGACGAGCUCGUGGUGGAAAAGGACCAUAUCCGAGGUCAUCCUGGCCGGCGCCGUUUCGGGCAUGCACUGGUGCGCCUCUGGCGGGACUCAGUACCGUCUCACUGCCCUCAAAUCCAACACGGCUAGCGAGUUGUCACGCAACACCACGGUCAUAAUAGUAAUGUGCCUGGCUCUCGGGGCUAGCUUUUUGAUGGGUGGUCUCGCCAUCUACCUGGCUUACGUCACCAAAAGAUUCGCCAACAGGGCACGCAAAGUGCAGCUGGCCGCCGCCAUGUUCGACAGGCAGGGUCGCGUAAUGGUCAGUCCGGAUGGGUUCCUGCCCUGCGAGAAGAUUACCGACUCGUUCGUGGAGAUGAGCCCACAGGACGCGUUCGGGACCGCACACCCACUCUUCCACUGGAUCUUUAGGGUCUCGCGGAACUGGUCAUGCGUCAACCCCCUGCUGGAAGACAUGUCGAGCCACCUGACCAAGCUGUCGGGCGGCUCCAAGCGAGGACUCCGUCUGAGCAACAACAGGCAUGAGCCCAUUGAGAACUACGACACCACGGUGCGACAGCUUUUCUGCACGGCGGCCGGGGCUCUUGCGGCCAGCCUCAAGCUCAACCUCGAGCAGGUGGGCAUCUUGUGGGAUGACGUUCUAGUUACGGGCGGGUUAGAACAAAGCAAGAAAAACGCGUUUCGCUGGAACUCUUCACAUCAGCUGGAUGUCGACGACAUUUUUGGCCACGGUGCAGGCAGUGCACCAGACCCCGGACUCGCCGAGAAGGGAUCCCGAUCCUGGGUCGAGACUGGCAACGACGGCCGCGGAUCCCUGCUGUUCCUGGUGCGCAAGGCCAAUACGAGCGCCGACGAAGAGGCGCUCGAGGCAGCCGGGUACCGAUUUGCGGAGCUCCACCAGGUGAGCAGCUUGAUCGGCACGCGGAUGCGGAUCCGAACGCCCGACCUGGAGGGAAAACUGCGCGACAUGGCGGCCAACGCGCAGCAGAAGGCCCUGCUGGAGCCAGGGCUACAUCUUGGGCUCUUUGGGGUGCGGGCACAGCCGGGGGUGUUCGCGUUCGACGUACUCGCGAGGAAAGGGGCGCGGAACCUGCUGCCGUCGGUGGCUAUGGAGCUUGACAAGCUGGAAAAGUGGCACAUGGACUAUAUAGAGCAGCUGGACCGCAUGAGCAUCAACGCCAUGCUUCACGUUUUGGAGAGUGGUGACCGGGGCAAAGGGGCCGAAACAGGCGAGGACACGGAGACGGCCGUGUUCGCGCGCAAGCUUAGCGACACACUCAGGGCACUCCGGACGUGGCUUGACGACUCGACGCUGGCCGAAGCCAUGGCGACGUCCAAGGUGGUGCAGGUGCCCUGCAGUGGAAGCAGCCCCGAGGGCGGUGUGGGUCAGACAGCAACCAUGAUCGCGCUCCGCGUCGUCAUCCCCGUGAGCCACCAGUUGGCCGAAAACAGCAGGUGCGAGCUGGUACCGCUCGGGCUGUUCAGGGCGCACCAGAUGGCGUACCAGGGCUCGCCACAUAACGCAGCCUUCGCCGAGCGCGCCGCGCGGGAGCUGGGCCCGAACACACCGAGAGGCGAGGUGGACCGGGAAAGCAAAACAGGCGGGCCAAGCAGGACGACGGAGACGGCGGUAGCGGAAGGGCAGGCCGAGGGCCUGGCUGAGGAGGGCGCGGGGCGGUGGAGCAGAUGGCAAGUGGCCAGCCGGACAGGGCUUGGAAAACGCCAAGUAUCUCGGCCAAGGAGCACAAGCGGCGCGGCGGCGGGCGAUGGCAGCCCGCUCCCUAGCACUGACGAGGGCUCUCCAAGGGAGUCGACGGGCUCAUCGACGCUCAAGCUAUGGUGGGGGGAAGACCACGGCAGCCCCGUGGGGUUCCAGGGGGGCUGGUCCGCAACGGUGGGGGGAUCCGGGCUGGCGGUACGGGAGGAACACGGAAGCGAAUGUGCCAAGCUAUCGGCGGGUCGGCGACUCAGCGCACUGGAGCUGUUCGUGCGCAAGGCCGGCGGACAUAGCCCGCUGGGGCCGGCUAAUGAACGAGACUCGGAGGUCGAGGGCAGCAUAGAGAUGAAAAGGCUGCCCAGGAGCAAGAGCGGCAAAGGAGGACCGGAGGCGAGGCGGCCGUCAAAGGAGGGCAGCGAGUUGCCGAAUUUUGUGGACGAGCUGUUUACGGCUGGCCGGUAUUGAACUUUCUUUUUACUUGUUUCUUUCGUUGGGAAACGGCGGUUGAUAGGUAUUUUGUUUGCGUAUUCAUUCUAUUCAGGCCCGUAAAUCUCGAGUCGAGGCAUCUACCGCGUCAUGUCAUCGUCACGUACUCGCUGAACGAGGCGGCUGUCGGCAAGGCGGAGAGAAAGAAUGGAGGUCGCUGAUGGCCGCUUUCGGUGCUCCAAUCGAGAGGGCGAGACGAGCACGCUGGGCCGACA